AUGCGGAACGUCAUCAUCUGCCUGCUAUUCGCUGGACUGGCUGCUGUGGCAAUGGGGAAGGCUUGCGACUUUGACUACCAAUGCCCGAAGAACUUCUUCUGUGCGCAUCAGACAUGCUACCGGCUUCCACCACCGUCGUCGACGACGACGACUCGCGGCACCUGGCGGCCCACUAGGCCUUAUCCACCGACGCGCCUCUACCCGGGAGGUCGAGCCACUUCCCAGCGACCC